AUGCCUGGAGUUGACGCUUCCCCUCUCGUCGUCGACAACUUGCGAGUCCUCGGCCAGGACCCCCUCAUUCCCCCAGACCUGCUGAUCUCCGAGAUCCCCAUCACCGAGGCCGCCGUCGAGACCGUCGUCAAAGGCCGCAGGGAUGCCGUCAACAUCAUCAUGGGCCGCAGCGACCGCCUGCUGGUGAUUGUCGGCCCCUGCUCCAUCCACGACCCGGCCACGGCCAUUGAGUACCGCGACCGCCUGCUCGCACUCGCCAAGACGCUGCAGGACGACCUGCACAUUGUCAUGCGCGCGUACCUCGAGAAGCCGCGCACGACGGUCGGCUGGAAGGGCCUGAUCAACGACCCGGACAUUGACUCGACCUUUAAGAUCAACAAGGGCCUGCGCGUCUCGCGCCAGCUCUUCUGCGACCUGACCAGCGGCGGCAUGCCCAUUGCCUCGGAGAUGCUCGACACCAUCUCGCCCCAGUUCCUGGCCGAUUUCAUCUCCGUCGGCGCCAUCGGCGCCCGCACGACGGAGAGCCAGCUGCACCGCGAGCUGGCCUCGGGCCUGUCGUUCCCCGUGGGCUUCAAGAACGGCACCGACGGCAACCUGGGCGUCGCGAUUGACGCGAUUGGCGCGGCGGCGGCGCGCCACCACUUUAUGGGCGUGACGAAGCAAGGGCUGGCUGCGAUUACGCGCACGUCGGGCAACGAGCACGGCUUUGUGAUUCUGCGGGGCGGCACAAAGGGCCCCAACUACAGCAAGGAGCACAUCCAGGACGCCAAGGCGGUGCUGGAGAAGAAGGGCCAGAAGCUGGCCAUUAUGGUGGACUGCUCGCACGGCAACUCCAACAAGGACCACCGCAACCAGCCCAAGGUGGCCGCGACGGUGGCCGCGCAGCUGCGCGAGGGCGAGAAGGCGAUUGUCGGCGUCAUGAUCGAGUCCAACAUUGGCGAGGGCAACCAGAAGGUGCCGGCCGAGGGUGCGGCCGCCCUGAAGAAGGGUGUCAGCAUCACGGACGCCUGCAUCGACUGGGAGUCGACCGUCACUGUCCUGCAGGACCUGGCCGCGGCCGUCCGCGCGCGGCGAGAGAUCCACACGGGCGCCGCCGAUGCCGCGACGCCCAAGACGACGCUUCUGGAGGAGGAGUAA